AUGCAUCUUAGUCUACGUAAGAUGGUCGGCGCGGCCAUCAGAGAAGGCUUCCGUCUUGGCGCACGACAGUUCUUCCAUCAGGCCUCACUCUGGACUUUGGGGACUCUAUUCGCCGUCACGGCGCGUGGCAACUCGAAGGAGACACAGGAGAGCAAAGCACGCAGCUCCACGGAACAGGAUACUCUUGAGAUUCGAAGCGAUACUGACCUCAAAAAGGCUACGAGGCAGGGGACCUCGAAACUUACUAACCAAAAGUCACGUAUAACAGUGCCUGCUCUUCUUGCUCUACCCACUGAGCUGAGGUUGCAAAUCUAUCAGUACUUAGCGCAACAGAGAUGCCGCAAAAGGCUCAACUUCACGGCGAUGAGGAGAAUGGAAGAAAGCGCACUCGAUGCGCCCCACAACUGGAUCUUCACACACCCCCUGAUCUUCAACGAAGCUCUACAAUUCAUCACUCGGAUCCAGACCGCCGUGCUCCUCAAAGAUGUCAAUGAUGUCGCAGCUUUGCGCUUGCUCUUCCCCAACCUGCGACAAGUGGUUCUGGAUUUCCCUGACGUCUCGGCAAAGCAGAUGCAACAGGCCUUGCGAUGUCUGAAAGACCUCCCGGGUCUUUACUCGAUAAUCAUCAAAACGUCACCCUGGAACCUCAAUGGAGUCCGAUUUCCGUAUGCCUGGAGGGGCUUCCCAGCGCUCACCGAUGUCAUCCUCGUAGAUGACAAGCUGAAGGCCGAGCGAAAGCGCAAACGACACGAGGCUGAACUCCGACGCGCUCCGAUUCUGGAGGACAUCGCUCAGAAGAAAAGAGUCUGGGAAGCCAUGAAGUCGAGGCACGCGCGUGGACUUCCAACCCCAGCGUUAGGAGUAGCAUUUGAUGCUCUUGACCAAGCCAAGUCGAAAUCGACUGAGCUCAAUUCUGCUCUCAAUGACGACUUGCAUCGUAUCCAGCAGAGUUGGCGCAGCAAUCUACUGACGAAGCAGAUAGCGAUUAUCGACAAUGAUCUAGCCAAAAGAUGUGGCAUGUGCGAGUGUCGCAAAUGCCUAGCAUGUUUCGAAGUCACUGUAAAACACCCAAUUGUCCUGGACUGGAUGCACAGGCGCACCCUGUCAGAGGAAGACGUUCUGCGAUGGGUGCGCCAGAAAGGGUUGAUUUGA